UAGACGUCCAGAAAGCUGCAUUACGAAGGCGUCUCGGACAGCAUACAUCACGCCGAAAGCUGACCCCAUCUUCGCCAGGUACAAAUUCCACGAGAAGACGCAGGGGAGUGAUGCUAAAGAAGUAAGGGGACCAGGCCAAGGGUGUAGGGGAAGGGUGCCAUGUCCCACAGAGUAUCAGACAGCUCCAUGGGUGACCAGGCCCCUCUAAUUCUGGAGCAUCGCUUCUCCUCAGACCUCCAAAUAACUGUGACAGGCAAUCACUGCAGCCAGUCGCAAGGCACUCCCACACCUGUGCCUGAUGCUUCAUCGGCCCGGCAAGAUUCAGACAAUGGGAUGUUGGCGUCUGCGCAGGUCUUGAGCACCCAAAGCCCUGUGGCGCUGAAGCUUGGCACCCAACAGCUCAUCCCCAAGAACCUUGCCAGCCGGCCCAAGAACCGGCACCACACCACGGUGGUGACCUUCCCAGUGGGGCUGGAGAGCUCUGGCUGCGGGUCGAGGAGCCGUCAUUCCACUCAAGGUCCGGAUGUUUCCUGGGAGGAUUAUGACAGCGAUGGGGAUGGCUUCGCUCUGAGGAGAAAUCGUAGGAAUAAGUCUUACAGGGAAGCCGUGACCAGCCUUGACAUUGAGGCCAUGGUGAGACGUCAAGGGGGAGACACCACACUGAAGCCUCUGAGAGAGGACAGGGCUCCCAGUCCUGGGCCGGUACGCAGCCCUGCACGCAAGCGAACCCUGGGCAGAAAGAGGAACCAGAGGCAUGGGGGAUCCUUCAAAGACGCUCCGCCGCGCCUCUACCAGGAGAUCUGUGAGCGAGGGCUGCUCUCCACCAACCAGGAUGAACUCCUGGAUGACUUUGUGGUGGUGGAGCCCCCUGUCGAGGACCAGGGCAUCGUGGUGAAGAGCUACAGGCCGGUGCAGCUCACAUGGAGCCAGCUGCCACAGAUAAAGGAUACAGGGAUUCUCAAACUGAUCUCGCCUGAGGAGAGGAAGAGGCAAGAGGCCAUCUUCGAGAUCACCACAUCAGAGUAUUCCUACCUACACAGCCUGGGGAUCCUGGUGAAACACUUCAAGAACAGCGAGGCCCUACAAAGAACCAUGACGGUCACCGAGCACCAUCACCUCUUCUCCAACAUCGCUGUCAUUCACAGAGUCAGCAAAAGGUUUUUUGAGGACCUUGAGCGACGUCACCAUGACAACCUGGUGAUCAGGGACAUCAGUGACAUUGUGCAGAACCACGCUGCCCACCACUUUGAGCCCUACAUCGUCUACUGCUCCAACGAGACCUUCCAGCAGAGGACGCUGCAGAAACUGCUGGCUAGCAACACUGCCUUCAAGGAGGUCCUGAAGCAGAUUGAAAGCAGCAGUGACUGUGGAGGCCUGCCCAUGAUCUCCUUUCUCAUCCUCCCCAUGCAGAGAGUCACCAGGCUGCCCCUGCUGCUGGAUACCAUCUGCCAAAAGACACCAAACAAGACAGCUGAGUAUUUUGCUGCAGUCUGGGCCCUGCACGCCAUCAGCAAGUUGGUGGCUAGCUGUAACAAUGGGGCAAGGCGAAUGGAGAGAACAGAACAGAUGUAUACCAUUCAAAAGCAGAUGGAUUUCGGCAAAAUCAAGCCAUUCCCGCUGGUGUCGUCAUCGCGAUGGCUGAGGAAAAGAGGGGAGCUGGCUGUGUGCACAGAGGAGCUCAGCAUCUGGAAGGCUUUCAGCCAUAAGAGCUACUACCUGUUCCUCUUCAACGACGUACUCAUCGUCACUAAGAAGAAGAGUGAGGAGAGCUUUGUGGUGAUGGACUACGCCACCCUGGAGAACGUGGAGUCGGAGAUGGGAAAGGAGGCUGAAGGACAAAUGUCUCCGUCUGCCAAGGGCAGCCACCACCUCUCCUUUAGACUGCUCAUGAACAAGAACAGCGAAGGGAAACCAGAGCAGAUUGUCCUGGUGGCAGAGUCGAGGGUGGACCGGGCGCGGUGGGUAAGUGCUCUCAGAGAGCAUAAGCAGAUAGGAGUCGUCUCCAGUAAAGAUGGUCUACCUCAAUAUGAGGCCACCAAAGCCUACAUGCCGAAGGAGCCAGAUGAGCUAGGCCUACAGCAGGCUGAGGUUGUCAUUGUCCUGCGGAGAGAGGAAGAUUGGUGCCAUGGAGAAAGGAUGCGGGACGGAGAAAGAGGUUGGUUUCCUGCCAGCUGUGCCACGGAGAUUACCAAUCGCACUGCAAUGGAAAACAACAUGCAGCGAAUGAAGCGGCUACGCAAAGAAACCAAUGUUUAAGUAACAUCUGCCUGCCUGACAUACAUGUAAAAAAAAAAGGCUUGGUCAUUUGACAAAGUUAGGUUGUGUACCUUUCCUCUUUAAAUGUACAGAUUUGUUAUGUAAUAUUCAUGUGUAGAAAAGUUGGUUUGAAUGUAAGUUUGGAUGCUACUGCAGCCCUGCCAAGGGCUUAAAAAAAAGCUGCAAAAUGUGUGCAUGCAUUGUUAUCCCAAAUUUACCAGAAUCCCGUCUCAUAUACAACAUUUCUGGUCCUCAACAUGAGGUUGAGAAACUUCAAAGAUUUUAAAAAGCUAACAUUAACUUACUCAUGCUUAAUAUAGAUUACAGGUGGCAAAUCAUCAUUAAUGUCAGUUGAUAGAACAGUUACUAGUGGCAUCCAUUUGAUUUACAGUAAAAACUCAUUUUUUAGAGGUCUACUUAAAAUUAGACCACUGUUUAAAAUUAUUUCAUUUUAAGCUAACAUGGAUCAUUUCAAUGAAUACGUUGUAGUACUGUAGCAGACAAUUCCUUGUUAGGAUGCAAUUUUAUAUAAAUUUUGAGCAAAAUAACCCCAACACUCGGGACAGUUCUCCUUUGACUUUUAUUUGAGCUUGCAUUUUGUCAAAAUGUUUGAAUACAUAAAAAGUUAUUUAAAAAUGUCAAACUGACCAGAUAUCAAAUUACAUUUCUCAUUAAAAACCAUUUGGUGUAAAAACUUAGGACCGAUUUAGAAAAACAUCUGUUGUUUC